AUGGCUAUACUAAGAGCACAUGCUUUUGUACCCUUUAAUGGAGGCAACCCUUUGAAUUUGACCCAGCAUGAUCCUUUACCAAGAGCAGCUCUGAAAAGUUUGCCUAUUUUCACUGGUGAAGACCAUGUUACACCCAUUGAGCACAUAAGGGAUGUUACAUCUCUGUUUGUCGUUCACCAUAUAACUCAAGGGAAUAUAGCACUCAGGUUACUUGUAGCAUCAUUGAAAGGCAAAGCACUUCAAUGGUUUAGGGGUUUGCUAAUUAAUUUAGUUAAUGAUUGGGAUGAUUUGGAUGAUAAGCUUACAAAGCAGUUUGCAGAUAAAUCAGAUAACCUAUCAUUGGUUGAGCAGAUGACCACUAUCAAGAGGGAUCCAGAUACACAUGUUCAAGGCAUACUUGAUGUGAAUUUGGAUGAGUGGGCAGCCCAGAAUACUCCAAAAGAUCCUUUCAUCAGCAUGGAUGAAAUAGAUCUUGGUGUUUAUAUGAUUCAUGAGGAGGAUGUUGUUAUUCCUAAGCUUGAAAAAGAGGAUAUUCCACUGGGCCAGCAGUUAGAACAACAGAAAAACCAGGUUUGGCAGCUCUAUUUUGAUGGUUCAAGAGGUAAAGGUACUAUUCUUUUGGAUAAUGACACUCCAGUGCAAGAUAUCUACUAUCUAGAAGGUCCCACUCAGAAACUUCUUAGUGUGAGUCAAAUGUCUGAUAAUGGAUUUGAUGUAACCAUUAAUGCUCUUGGCUGUGAAAUAAAAAAAAAGUCAGCAUAUCAGUUCACAUUAUCAAUGAUAAUGAUUUAUAGUGACGGCUUUGACCUUAUUGGCAGAUUGCAUACAAUUUGCAUAUUGCUAUAUAAUAUUGUGAUAGUCACAAUUUUAGUUUUAGCCCCUUUGAGCAGUGCAAACUCGAAACUUUUUAGAGAAUACAUUGGCGCCGAGUUCGAUAAUGUCAAAUUUUCCGACUUACCAAUUGAUCCCGGCACGGAAUUCCAUUUCAUUCUGGCCUUCGCUAUCGACUACACCCCGUCGGGAAGCGCUCCUAGAAAUGGAAAGUUCAACAUUUUCUGGGAUAGCGACAAUCUGAGCCCGAGAGCCGUGCAGGCCAUCAAAGCUCAACACGAGAACGUCAAAGUUGCUCUCAGCUUAGGCGGAGACAGCGUGAGCAGUGGCAACGUCCAGUUCAGACCAUCUUCUGUGUCGUCGUGGGUGAGCAAUGCAGUUUCUUCCCUUACUGACAUAAUUCAGCAAUAUCAUCUCGACGGGAUCGACAUCGACUAUGAACAUUUCGAUUAUUCCGAUCCCAACACAUUUGCUGAGUGCAUUGGGCAGCUGAUCACACUAUUAAAGCAGAACAAUGUAAUCUCCUUCGCCUCCAUCGCUCCCUACGACGACGGCCCAAUACAGUCCCAUUACACUGCACUCUGGAAAAGCUAUGGCGAUUCAAUUGACUAUGUGAAUUUCCAAUUCUAUGCCUACGACUCGAGCACCAGCGUCUCACAGUUCAUGAACUAUUUCAAUGCUCAGGAGUCACGGUAUAGCGGUGGUAAAGUGCUGGCUAGUUUCAUGACGGAGGGAAGUGGGGGAUUGUCACCUGCGAAUGGCUUCUUUGACGCGUGUAGAAAUCUUAGAGACUCCGGCAAACUCCACGGCAUCUUUGUGUGGUGUGCAGACAGCUCGCAGUCCAAUGACUUCCAAUAUGAAAAGCAAUCCCAGUCUGUCCUCUUGGGCUCCUGA